AGUUGCGAGUGUGUUUUCCCUCAGAACCACUCGCUAGUUUUGUAUUAUCUUUGUUUUGAGCUACACACGCUUCCCCACACUUCUCUCAUUAAUCCCGAAAAUAGUAGUUUUUUCAACACCAUUCACAACGCGGCACACUGGCAAAUUAAGGCCGACCCACCAUCCUUCAGCGCUUUCCGUUCUCCAGCGUACCAGAUUCCCUUUUCGCGUCAGAACAACGGCAUACAACGGCGUAUAAAACGGAUCCUGUAACUCCCAAUACCUAGUGACUGCGCCCAACCCAUAACCCAGUGAGAACGCUUUAUUAUAUCCAGUGUACCCGUGUGCUUAAAAUCAGUCAAAAUAACCACCUUCGAGGCAAGCAUCAUUGAAUCCUUCAACGAAAUGGAGGACGCAAAAAUGGUCAAGAUCGGGGACAUCAACCUGUCCGACGAUCCGGCAGUCACCCUCACCAUUCGGCUCAUCAUGCAGGGAAAGGAAGUUGGAAGCAUUAUCGGAAAAAAGGGAGAAAUCGUCAAGCGGUUCAGGGAAGAGUCCGGCGCAAAAAUCAACAUAUCAGACUGCUCGUGUCCGGAACGAAUCGUGACGGUCUCCGGAUCCAGAAGUGCGAUCUACAAAGCCUUUACACUCAUCACCAAGAAGUUCGAAGAGUGGUGUUCCCAGUUUCAAGACAAUGCGAACACACAGGGUAAACCACAAAUUCCCAUCCGUUUGAUUGUUCCAGCUAGUCAAUGUGGUUCUUUGAUCGGAAAAGGUGGAUCAAAAAUUAAAGAAAUCCGUGAAAUCACCGGCUGUUCGAUACAAGUUGCAAGCGAAAUGUUGCCCAACUCGACGGAACGCGCCGUGACACUGAGUGGUUCCGCUGAAGCCAUUACGCAAUGCAUCUAUCAUAUAUGCUGCGUUAUGCUGGAGUCGCCACCGAAGGGUGCCACAAUUCCGUACCGGCCAAAGCCGCAGGUGAAUGGACCGGUAAUAGUUGCUAACGGCCAGGCGUAUACCAUCCAGGGUAACUACGCCGUACCGGCACAGGAGACCUGCACAGUAUAUCCACUAGCCAUUACCGGUGGCUUGCAUGCGGGCAUCUCCGGUUUAGCCGAUCCAUUACUAAAAGGAACACAUCUACAGGGAGCGAUACCUCCACAUCAUCUACAACCGAUACCUGAUGUUUCGGGAAUCGCUAAAAAUCCGCUUGCAGGGCUAGCAGCACUCGGACUAGCUGGUGCGAUUCCCUCCAACACGGGUGGACUUAACCCAACUGCUCUUGCCGCAUUGGCCGGUUCUCAACUGCGAACCAACAACAACCGCAACGUAGCUCCAGUUCAGUCUCAAUCCCACGAAAUGACCGUGCCAAACGACCUGAUAGGCUGCAUUAUCGGUAAGGGCGGCACCAAGAUUGCAGAGAUUCGUCAAAUUUCCGGCGCCAUGAUACGCAUUUCCAACUGCGAGGAACGCGACAGCGGCAACACGGACCGAACGAUUACCAUCACCGGCAAUCCGGACUCGGUCGCACUAGCCCAGUAUCUAAUCAACAUGAGCUUUAGAAGUGGUGAUGGUGGUAGCAAUGGCAGCGCCAACAGCAGUAUCCUCCGACCGAUGGCAACCUCCACGAUGGCAGCGGCGGCCAGCGUGCGGAAUGGUAACGCAGUAGCAGCGGCAGCGGCAGCAGCAGCUGCAGCAGCGGCCGCCUCCGGGCCGGGCAAUGCAGCCGGCAUGGCCUACAACGGGAUGACACCUGCGGUCGGGACCGUUGCCUUUCCCUUUCUACGCUACGGCUUGAACCUGGACCGGAAGUAAUCGGACACUCACUACCAUCGAGGGGAUUUAUAAAGCGGAAGAAAGUGUAAACCAGUACAACAUCACUCUACAACAAAACUGCAAUGAUCAUCACCAUCAGAUAAUGUAAUGCGACGGGCAAAAUAGGAGUAAUUGGAUCUUCAUAUUAAAAAUGAAAAAAAGACAAGAGAAAAAGAAUAAUAUCUCCCGUUUUGAUGCGCACUAGCGUUCGAUUAGCAUAACGUUAUGCGGUAAAAAAAGAACUGGCAUGCAAAGGAACUCUUUUUUUCGUUGAACGUAAAUAAUCGCCACUGGGAGGAUGACUGUUGUGCACGGAGUUGCAAGCAUAAGGGAGCCACACAGAGAGCAAAGAUUCACAUUACACAAUUAUUAUGUAGUUCAAUUAUCUUUAAAAUGUCGAAAUACUAAAAUUGAUUUAUAUAUCGCUAGGUUCAAGUACUGUACUGUCUUUUUAUAAUCGCUGUUUUUUCUUUCCGUAUUUUGUUGAUUGUUUUAACACAACCUAGCCCGUCUCUCGAAUAGUAGCAGUAGUAAGCUGAAUGAUUCCAAAAGAUUUGAUGGAACAAUUGCCGCGAUGCUUUAACACAACUCUUUACUUUUCGGGCGCUCAUUGCAGUAGAAUGAGGGUUGUAUUGAUUUGUAGAGUAACUAGCAAAUAGCUUUCUUGUUUGUUUGUUCUUUGUUUUUUUAUUGCUUUUAAAAAAGCAUUUAGAAAAGGCAAAACCACACAAAUUCUGUGUAGUAUCCAUGAAUUGCAUAAAAGCGUAUGUAGAGGUUAUUGAAAACGAUCAACAAAGGUUGACUCGAAUCGAGAGAAUUGCAAACAACUUAAAAAAGAGCAUAAUUUGCAUCUUUGUUUGACAGAAAUGCAAGAAACAUGUGAAAACGGCAAAAAACAGGAGAGGGAAAAUAACCGAUACUAAAAAUGUAUACGAUGAUGAUUACUCUGGAACGUAAUAAUCUCUUAAUACGUGAAAAAACACUCACACAGUUGUAUCGCGCAUAUAUAAAAAGGGAUGAAAAGGAACAUCAAAAUAUAAAACCUUCACAAAAAGAAGGAAACGUGGGCGGGCACAGCAAGAUGAAGAUUAAAACCCAUAUCGUGUUAAGAAAUUAGCAAAACAACAACAACAAAAAAAACAUAUCGUGUGCAAUUUUCAUGCUGAAAACAACCUGUUGUGGGAAAAAUACAAACCUGUUUCGUUUAUCUUCCCCAUACUUUUUUCGGAACAAACGGACAUCGGCAUCAUACACAUCCACACACACACAUAUAUACACGGAAGCUCCAUAUCGAAUACAUAUUAGAAAUGAUUGGAAAUAUGUGUAGCAAGGAAACUCGUUUUUGAGACUGGAAUAUGACGCAAAAAGGUGUUUUCUUAUACAAAGCACGACAAACAAAAAGCUAGUACAACUAAGUAACUUAGUUUUUAAAUCAAUUUUUGAUUUAGGAUACGGUUUGGUUUUAGUUUUCGGUUUGCUUUGGUGAUUUAUAUUUGUUAUAUUUUAUGUACUAUGAGAUAGAAGAAACUAAAAAAACAAGCAAAUUCUUAGCGUUAAACGUGUAAGACAAAAAGACAUUUGUAAUGUUCAAAGAUUGUUAAAGUUUUAUCGGUAAUGAUGUUGCGCGACGCACUGGGCACUGGGAGUGAAAGGUGCGGAGUGUGUCGCGUAAUGCUAAAUUAAUACUUCAGAGCCAUUACAAACAAACACAUUACUGUACUGAAAUAAGCUCGGCGCUGUUUCACCUUACUUUCAUACCAAAAUGCUCUCUUACGUUGGUUGAACUGCGCUCUAGAAGAUUUGAGUUGCGAGCGCGUUUAAAGUAAAUGGGGACCCAGGGUAAAUGUUUCCAACUUAACUUUGUUCACAUUUUGUCUGACUAUUCUUAAAUAGGUUUGCUGCAAACCUGGGUACAUAUUGCAAACGAGAACAGUGUGCAGUACGCGAUGCUGGUGGUGGCUGAAUCUUUCUAAAUGGCUGGGGUCGACACUACACUGAAGCAAAGUAUUUUGGAUGUUAUAAUGGGGCUUUACGCUGAAAAUUAAAAAUACUUAAGUGAAACGUAAGUGCCAAAAAUAAGUAAAAAUAAAUAGGAAAUAGCCAGAGAUAGAAAAACAAAUGUGAGAUAAUAGGAGGGUGUAUGACGAAUAAGGAAGGAAUAAUGGAUUACAGCGUUUGACUGACACUCCUUCGGCUCCGGGAUGAUCUAUUCUUGCCCCCCCCCCCCCCCCUCAUCUUACCCCACCUUCUCCUUGAUAUGUCCCACCCAGUUAAUUCCUUAGCAAAAAACCAACUGAAAGCGCGUAUGUGUGAACAAAGCCUGCAGAUGGUUGACGUAUUUUCUAAAACAAAUUCAGUAGUAUAUCGGCAGAAAUGUUAGGCUCAAUGCGGAAUGACAUGUUAUUGGUUGAACAAUUAGUGUAGUCAUAAUUACGUAUGCAUUCGAAUUGGACAAUUUAUCUUAAGACAACAUGAUUUAAUAAUGAAAAGACAUGAUCGUUUAACUGUUUGGUGAGCUUUGUGUUUUUAUUUUCUUUUCUUUCGAUAACAUUAGCUAAUGCUUCUAUCUUACAUCCAAGAUGAACCCCAAAUGAUAGACUGGGGUUUCAUAUACUAGCAAAAAAAAAGUCACAUUCUCUUAGCUGUAGGACGGCAGCGGGCCGGUUUGUAGAAGCAGAUGGAUGUAAAAAACCUGCACGCAAAAAAGCCACAAUGCAGAAAAGCUAAUGCAGUAGAAGGAUAGAGAGAAAGAAAGAGAGCGGUGGAAACGGCAUUAAACCGUUACAAACAAUCAAUCAGGGCCGGAACCUGUCGAAUUUUCGAUGUCUGGAAAACAGGGUCAAAAUUACGGUGUUACUCAUACUCUUGAUGUGUCUGUACCUGCGUGGCGUGCGGGCAAGCAACACUGUUAUCAUAGAAAUAACGUGACAAUGCAACUAACCCCUGACUAUCGAGUGUAGGUGGUGUGCAUGUGCACUCACGCAAACACAGAAAUCACCGACGAGAAAAAAAUGCAUAUUUAAUAUUAGUGUUGGAAUAGAUUAAAAUUAUAAAAAACAAAUUAUACUAAUGUGUUUGCACGCACUUUAUCAUCCCCCUUUUUCUUCCCGAUAAAUGGCUCAUGAGUAGUGAACGAAUUUAUUUAAUGUUGUAAUCUUAAACAAAACAAACACACUAGAAGUCUUAUGCCUUGUAAUAACCAUUUAUAUAAUCAUAUACAUAUAUAAAUAUAUAUAUAUAUAUAUUGUAUUUAGAAAUGGGCUCAAUUCACACAGGGACGCGCUGACAUGAUUAGACACACACAAUUCUUCAGUCGCAUAAACGCCAACGGCUCUCAUAUUCACGUUUAUCAAUUUAAAUUUAAAUGCCCCCCUUUAGUACGCGAAACUAAAGCGAUCGUUUUUAUAAACCUUUGUACACAAACACACAUUCAUACACCCACACAUACACAAACAAACACACACAUACAAAAUGAAGCAACAAUAAUAAAACUUUACACUUAAAACAAAUCAAACCAUGCCACUAUAUCAUAUCAUUAUAUCCGGGCUUUCGAAGAGUUUCUCUUUCCUCACCAUUUUCUUGUAUGUAUAUUGUUUUUCUCGUAGUAGGCUCACGGCUUUUAUAUUUUGCUUUAUCACAUAUCAAUGAAAUAUGACGAUAUAUCACUAUACAAAGGUAUAAAAGUUAGUUUUAGAUUUUCUCUAUCACGAUAGCUUCUUACGCAGACGAUGUGAAACGGGGCAAUGUGGAAAGUUAAAGCAUUUUCAAUGUGUUUAUUUCAUGUUCAUUUUGUAAGUAAAAUCCGUAGUGUCCUGUUUCUCGACCACGUGUUUUUGUUCCUGUAAAUCUUUUUUUUUUUGCAAUUCUUUAAUAACUAAAUCUCUUCACUCUUAACUAACAUCAUCAAGGUACGUUCUUGUAUAACAUGCACUGAGCGUCUUUAUGUUUUAUUACUUUCCUUAACUAACAUUAGUUGGUUUGGAGGCGUAUGAUCACGUUAUAUUAGCAUUCUGUUUUCGCGAUCGCAGUGGAGAUCUCAAUAUAAUCCGACCGAAAGAAUUUAAUCGAAAAGCAAUAUACAAGAAAAUGAAAUACUACUCAGUUUCCAUGAUGUUAUUUUUUUACGUACCAGACAGACACGCACGCCGACUAAUUGCGAAAAUAAAGUACACAAAAGAUAACAAAUAAGGAGAAAGCAAUCUGUUGUUUAAUAUGCACCAGUUUUAUAUCCACUUGUAACAAGGAGAAAAGAAUUCACAUGCACACAAGCGACCAAACAGGUUUGGUAAACACUUUCAAACUAUUAUUUGUAAAGUGAUGAAACAAAGCAAAACACUUUCAACAUCACACUUCUAGCAAGUAAAAGCACACGAAGCACACGAGAGCAUAAUGCUAAAAUAGUUACAGUUGAAAACCAUACGAUCGGAAAACCACAAAUCACGGACAGCUGCACAUCGGCGGUAAGUGGCACCAACCAUGUCAAUCAAUAUUAAGAGCUUUACUUCCUUCGCAUCGGAAUGGAAGGACGUGACUUUGAAACAAUAGUGCGGUAGAUGAGGCAUGCGAUUAGAGAAAAAAGAUCACCAUUAAAAUGGAUCAAAUGCACAGUGAUCAGAGACGUGCGCACGAAAAAAAAAACACACAGCUUUGCACUCAGACAUCUCAUCCUGUUGUACGUCCUUAUGUGGUUUAUGUACCCAGAGGAGCACAAUUCGGAGACGGCAUGCUUACAAAUGCUACUAUACUGGAACAACAUCAAAAUGCUUAAUUCGCAUUUCAAACCAUAGUAGUAGCUGACCAGCAUAGUUGUAGUAAGAAGGAAAAGAAAAUUAAAUUGUAUAACUUAAAGCAAUAGUUUAUGCGAUUGCCAUGAGGGUAAGGAAUCUAAUAAUAUACACAUGAACACAGAAAAAAAUGCAGCCGUUUUUCAUAUCGAUUUCACGUUUUUUAAGAUCACAAUCGUUGAUAGGUGUACGUACUUGUGUGUAGGUGUGUCUGUGAGUUUAUGUGCGUGUCUUCACUGUAGUAAUAGUUCAAUUACAAUUAAAUGCUAGCCAAUUUCGUAACAAAUUUCACGCACGGAAUGCAGUUAGAAGACACACAAGACACAAACCAAACAAAAAAAAAACUAAGGGCAAAUGGCAGUCACAAUCUCAAUGUUAAUAUUAUUGAUCGUUAAUAACGGUAAAAUGACAAGGGUCGUGUUCAGGCUGCAUAAGUUUGUGCAACAUCUCAUUACAGUGUAAGAUGUACGUAGGAAUUAGGAAGAGAACAUUAAACAACUAAAUAAUACAAAGAGAUCACUAUCAAAUUGAAAGCUAAUGGUUGACUGGCGUUGACGUGUUGAUAGAGAAGUAGUAGUAACAGAAAACAGAAAAAAGAGUAACAAACAUAAAGUAGCUCAACAAACGCAAAACAACAGGAUGAGAAAAACACAAACAUAAGUAGUCUAAUGUGUUUGUACGUGUGCUCGUGGGAGAAUGAGGACACACCAUAAGGCAACAAUAAAGUGUUAAAAUAAUCGACUAAGGGAUCAAUAACCAAAGAAAAUUCAUUAAAAAAUCAUCAAUCAUACUUGCAUACACUGAUAUACACAACGGACUACGGACAAAAUACUGGAAGUAGUAUGCAGAAUAAAGAAUUACUCAUGACGUUAGCGAUAACAAAUUUUGAUUUUAAAUUAUUUUAUUUGACAAUCUCUAAAAUGGUAAAAGGUCGGCAUUUUCUUGCUUUUUAGUUAGUUUUUUAGUCUUUCUCUUAUUUUUCUUUGUAUGUCUCUUUGUUUUAUCUUUUAUUAAACUACUUUCUGGAAUUACUUUUCUUUUUACAGAAUAAGCUGUUUUUUAAUUUAUUCACUAAACAGUAAUAGAGACGUUCUACCAAAUAACUAAAAGUUCAGAUUUAUUUCUUAACUUUUGUAUUAAAAAAAAACAAAAUGUAAACACCGACACAAAAAGAAGCAAACCAAAACAAAACAGCACUCUGUUGCAAAAAGGGGAGAAAACACUAACAAAGACAAACAGGCAGGAUGAUGAUUAUAAGUGAUAUAUGUGAUGAAUUUUUACAUUGAUUUCGUUUUUUCACUAAAAACGCAUAAAGGGCUGUGAUUUUAGUGGUAGAUGUAAAAGAGAAAAAAAAAAACAAACAAACAAAAGCAAAUUAAGAUGAAAACACGAAAACACACGAGGAAAGCAUUAUUUUGUAACGUAAAAUGCCAGCAAAAAGCUUAGCGGAACUGAUCGUUGUUUGAAUAUCACUCCUCCUGUGCAUGCUUUGUGCGGAUGUGCAGGAGCAGUGAGCAGCGGGCUGAUGAGAUAUUGUUGAUUGAGAUUAUGGAAAUGAUGGUGAUUAGCAAAGAGGAAAAGUACAAUGCAAACAAAAAAAAAGAAUGUAAUUGAAUCAAGAAGGGCAGGACCUUAUAAACACAUCCACAUAGUAUGGUAUCCACCAAUAAUACACACAUUCACACACACACAUGCGGACAAACAUCACGACAGAAGAGUAAUUUUCAAUCCAUUGGUAAGUGUUCAUUCGAUGUUUACAAUUUGUGAAUUAUUUUUAGUGAACACGUUAAAACUUUCACAAUUGAAAUUCUAAAUUAGACCAUAAAACAAACGAAUUAAAAACUCAACCCAUUGCAUACUUCCAAUUGUUUUCCCAAAUAAAGCACGUUUUAUUCUAACAUGCUUUAUUAUUGAGGUUCGUGUGUAUUUUAUUAACACAAUGUCAAAAUCAUUCUAUGUUGUUGCUUUUAACCAACUCGAAAAACGGUUUUAAAUUUAAAUCAGAACAAGUAUUAUUUUUGACAUAAUUGGCCAUCCUGAUUGUUAAGUCACUAAGCCACUUCCGUCGCCACUAAUCUUCCAUCGCCUGACUGAAGCACUGGCCGAAAAAUUCUCCUGGCCGUUGUCUGCAGACAGAACCUUUUCCGUUUCAAAUACGAAUCAUGCAAAAAAACAACUAUUCCAUCGGUUCCAUCGCCUUCCAACAGGCUACCAUUGGCUGACACGCAGACACGCAGACGUACACUUACAACACCACCCACUGACACCUUCCAGUUAAUGCAAACAACACCUACUGUAUACAGUAAAA